GGUGCGCGCGCACCCCUGACCCUCGCAAGCCCACACGCACGAUCGAAUCGUCAUCGCCGGCGCGAAAAAUAUAUACGCACACAAGCAAUACCCACGCAUACACUGCGGCAAUCAUGGAACAGAGCGAUCGCAUCUCUUACGGAAGGAUUCUCAGCUCUUUUGCUCGUGAACUGGACGCCGAAGAAGUUGAGCAACUGGUUUUCAUCUACCUCAGGGAUAGUGGAAAUGCCCCCGUCGACUGCAAUGCGAAAGGGGCCGCUUUUCGCGUUGUUGAUGAAACUAGAGCGCCUUUCUCGUUUCUCGUUUGAGGAUCCCGGUGGUCUCGUCCGGAUAGCCACGGACGCCGGACGGUUAGACUGGAAGAAAAAAUUUGAACAGUACAUUGCUAGCCGUCGCAACCCACUUCCGAAGAGAAAGGGAGGAAGUCGCACGCCGCUGCCGAGCAAAGAGCAGGAACAGUUGGAGGAUGCGCAUAGGGAAGUUCGAGCAAGGUUUAUUGCUGUUGAAGAGCAGUUCAGCAAACUAUGGUCACGUGAAACUGUGACAAAAGAAGAUGGGUUGAAACUCCUACGACGGGGCAAAAAGUUAACGAAGGAAAUCGAGUGUGAGCUGGAGAAAGGCAUUGAAAAGCUAAAAACGCUUACGAGAGACAGUGAUAGUCUCAGCAGCAGUGGGAGUAGCAGUAGCAUCGAGCUCAGCACUAGCCCUGAAGCAAGCAGCAGUUUGACAUCUCGAAGCAGAGGGGAACGAAACCGAGAUGUCCCACUGCCUAAGCCUCGUAAACCAAAGCCGCCACCCCCCUACAAGCAGAAGUACAAAGCAGCCGUUCAAGAGAAAACAAGACACAACUCUCCCAUGCUCAAACCCUCGAAUAAGAUUGAUUCAUUGCAGGCACCUGACCAACCACGUAUGUAUCUCUGCACACAGAGCACAUUCUUCCGUACACCUGCAAAGUGAACACGAUAAUGGGAUUACCUAUUUAGCUACAAUAACCUUUUAAAUUCCACAACCCUAAUAAAGGGUGACUAUAAUAUCAAAUAUCAAGCAAUGCCUUCGAGCUAUACACCCUGACACAGCUAUAUGGCUCUUGGUAUCCACAGCCCCUGUGCCUCCCAAGAAGCAACACUCUCCUCGAAUUUCUGGGACGAGACAGUCAGCGAUGUCACAGAUGUGCUUCAACAAGGCUUCAGUGUGCAUACCUCAACAGAAGAAAGAGAGUGACGAGGAGGAGUCCAAGGAAGUGGCAGUGGAGGAAGGAGAUCAGACUGGAGACAGUGGCAUGGAGAGUGGGUCUGGCUCUGUGCAACAUGGAACUAUCAGCCAAUGGAGAGAGGCUAUAAAGAAACCUCCACCAGAACCUAAAAACUACCCACCAAAAGAAGGAGAGAAGAUGGAUGAAUGUGUUUCAGAAACCAAAAAACGAUACACACAUCUCAGGGAGGAAACAAUAGAUAGAGUGGGACCUUAUGAAAAAGUGAACUAUGGCUCUCCGUUGUCCUGAGCUGAUCUCGUGUACUGUGUUGAUUUAAUGUGCAUGUCUUCCUUAUGAACCGAUGGACUACAUGAAUGAAACCUAACAAUCCCAGCAGUCAUGAUUUUAUACUUACUGAUGAACAACCUUUAUAAAAGGGCA